AUGAAUGAAGUAAUAAACGAAGAAAAUAACAGUGCACCCACAGCAGAUCCGGAGUCAUCGACAACUGCUGUUAAAAAACGAAAAAUCCGCCGUGUCAAAUCUAUAACCAGAUUAGCAGUUGACAAAAUAACGGAAGAAGAUAGACAGAAGCAAAAUGUUCGAAAAUCUUCAACACAUACAUCUAUCGAUAAACGACCGUUUCCCUUCGGCCUUUGUCGAGUUUGUACCGAUAAAGCAACUGGUGCUCAUUACGGCGUACCGACAUGUGAAGGAUGCAAGGGAUUUUUCAAACGAAGUAUUUUACGAAAAGAGAAAUAUCGAUGCUAUUUCGGCGAUAAAUGUAUAAUCAAUACUGACAAUCGAAACCGAUGUAAAUCGUGUCGUUUUCAAAAAUGCUUGAAGGAAGGCAUGUCUGUCGAAGGCGUUCGAAUGGGUCGCAUACCAAAGUCUGUGAAAGAAAAGGCCUUGGCGGAACAUACCACAUCGAGCGUUGAAAACGAAGAUCCAGCUCAAUCAUCUCCGUCCCACAUUCCAUCGAUGACUUCGACUUCAUUCAAUCAUUUGUCAGCAUCUUCAAUCGUCGAUCUACCAAUACCAUUGAUUGAUGAACAUUUGCUCUUUGCAGACUUAGACAUAGCACCUAUUGAUAAUCAACUCAACUGUCACACAUCACUGCCAGGCACAUCGCUCACUCAAUCGUCUUGUUAUCGUUAUGAAUUACCAGACAAUUUUACUAUCGAUGAAACAAAACAAGAAGAUCUCGAAGAUGAUAAUGGAAUCGUUCGAUUGAAUCCAACCGCAUUGACAAAUUACAUGACGAAUUGUGAAGAACGUUUUGCUAACAAUGUUAUCGAACGAAUGAAAAAUAUCGCUAUUAAAAUAUCACAUCCGACAACAUGUACAGAACUCGAUUACGAAGAAUCAUCAUUCAUACGACAUCUCCGAUGGAAGAUGUUUGAUUUAAGUAACACAUAUAAUGGACGAACACGACAAUUGAUCGAACGAAUGAACAGUAUGAUUCAUUUACGAAUCGAUGAUUAUCCAGGCAAAUCAUCAUCAUUACAAGAUAUUUGGGCAGGAUUGACCGAUGCAAUACCAUUUCAUGUGAAAAAUCUCAUUACUUUUGCACGAGAAAUGCCUGCAGUCAAUGAAAUUGAUGUGGAUGAUUUCCAUAAAAUAAUGAACAAUCGUUUGUUUGAUUUCUGGCUUAUCAAACAUGCUCCGCUAAUAUGUCACAACGAAUCGUACAUGAUGUUGCCCAAUGGUCUUCAGUACACACGUGAAUGGAUGAACAAGAUUAUUGGCGAAGAAAUGGUUCAAACCAUGUUUCAAUUUGCAAACAGUUAUAAUCAAUUACAUUUAACUCAUGAAGAGCAUGCACUUGUAUUUCCGGUUGUGAUUUGUGUCAAAGAUGAAUCACUCCAGGAUCAGGAAACGACUCGUUCGAUUCAGUUUUGUUAUCUAUACGCGUUAUAUAUUCAAAUGUUAACCACACGCACACCAACACAAGCUAAAGCGCUAUUUCAGAAUCUUCUUCAGAUAUUUGCAUACCUACCGUUGUUGAAUGAAUUACAAGAGAAAAAAGUUGGUUCGCUAGUACCUCCAAUCAAUUCUAAUCACCGGAAUUUCAGCACGCUUCGUCGUUUUCUGCACGAUGUUCUUUUACUAGAAUAUUAUGGUAGUUUCUUUUUGUGUGGCGCUUUUUUUCUAUUUUGGAAGAUCAGCUCAUUUUUUCUGAUUCGUGUGAUAUUUAACAUCAAUUUACCAGUCGAUUUGAACUAA